AUGCCAGUACCUUUUGUAUUUUAUGCGGAUUUCGAGGCUAUUACAGAGAAAGUAUAUGGGUGUCAACCAGAUGGUGCUAAAUCUUAUACUGAUAAGUACCAAAAGCACACUGGGUGUAGUUAUGGUUAUAAAGUAGUCUGUUGUUAUGAUGAAAAAUACUCAAAACCAGUGAAAAUUUAUCGAGGGGAGAAUUUUAUUAGUUACUUCAUGUUGGAUAUGCUCUCAGAAGUCGAAUAUUGCCAGAAGAUGAUUGCUACUGACUUCCAAAAACCGCUUCAGAUGACGGACGAGGAGGAAGAAUUAUUCAAGACUGCCGAGGAAUGUCAUAUUUGUAGGAAGAAAUAUUUAGAUACUGAAGUAAGAGUUAGGGAUCAUUGUCACAUCACUGGACAGUAUAGGGGAUCAGCACAACAGGACUGUAAUCUGAAGCUGAGAAUUGACCCAGAUAAAUUUAAGGUGCCAGCCAUUUUUCAUAAUCUGUGCGGGUAUGAUUCCCAUUUUAAAAUGCAAGAAAUUGGAUCAAUCGGAAAAAGCAAUGAUUUGAGUAUUAAUUUCAUCCCUAAUAAUAUGGAAAAGUAUAUGGCAUUUAUGGUGGGUAAACACUUGGUAUUUCUGGAUAGUUUUCAAUUUAUGGCCAGCGGUUUGGAGAGAUUGGCCGCCAAUUUACCCACCGAUGCAUUCAAAUAUACCAUUCAGGUGUUUCAAGAUGAGAAAUUAGCACUGAUGAAACAGAAAGGAGUAUAUCCAUAUGAUUUCAUGGACAGUUUUCAGAAGUUUGGUGAUCAGCAACUACCUCCAAAAGAGGAAUUCUAUAGUAUACUGACAGAUGAGGGUAUUUCUGAUGAGCAAUACCAGCAUGCUCAAAAAGUCUGGAAUACUUUUAAUAUGAGGACAAUGGGCGUGUAUCAUAAUCUGUAUCUGAAAUCUAAAAUUCUCCUAUCAGCUGAUCUUUUUGAGAACUUUCGCAAGGCCUAUCAUCAGUAUUAUAAAUUGGAUCAUUGCCAUUAUUUCACAUCUCCUGGGCUACCCUGGGACGCUAUGUUGAAAAUGACUGAUAUUAGCGGAGCUCUGGCGCGCGAAGCGCGCCAGCGGAGCACCAUGGGUAAGUAAAUCUACCCAUCCCAGAAAAUUUGGUAAUCACGUGACCGUACACCGCCCGCCCGCCCGUCCGCACCACAGGGAAACCAGUGUUUAAUCCUCACACUUUCUAGCCAGUUUGGGAGCACAGGAAGACUGAUAUUGCACACAUAUUGCACGUCAAUGUUGUGACCAAUUGACAGCUGUCAAAACAGGGUAUCCGCUGACCAGUAUCACCUGACCGUAUCGCGGGCUCAGGUGUCGACCCAUCGAGGUCGAUAUCAUUUUGAAGUUAUCCGCUGACAAGUUAUUAGUUUUCAAAUGAUCGCAGGCUCAAGUUUAUUUUUUUAAAUUUAAUGAAAUAUGUUGUGUUUUGUAUGUGUGGCACAAUUAAAAUGUUGAUUUCAAACUGACCUCGGAAGCUAAAAUUCAGCCAGUUUUUACAGGCAGGGAAGACAUACCAGUUGCUUUUGACUUUUCUCACCAAGGUCACGCGUUGGCCACGCUCUACGUCCAAUUUUUAUACUCUAAUUGGUCAAAAUUUGAUAGGUGAAUUCAUGCGGAAAAUUUAUACAGCAUCUUGAAACUUGUUUACUUUGCUGAAGACAGAGUUUUGUGUCAACUUGUGAUGUUUUUAGCUGUCUUUUUCCACUGAAUGUACAAAAUGAAAUUCAGCUGCUAUCAAGAGUCUUCUGUUAUUCAUGCCUAGUUUGUUUACUGGGUUUUUGGUUGAGAAAUACGUCGCUUGUCAAAGUCGGAAAUCCGAUUUCGGAUGGCAUCGUUUUCGUUUUCCACCUUGCUUGAUGCGUAAGAGGGUUGAAAAGUCUGAAGCGAUUCUGGCCUUACUUGAUAGUUUUCAGCGCAUCUCGAAUGGUAAGCCUGAGUAAUUAUUACAUUUGACGUUUGUCUUUUAUAUCUAAUUUAAUGAAGUCGAGCGUAGUUUAUGCGGCUAUUUAGUUUAUGCACGUUUUUAAUUGUAAGAUUUGAGACAAUGAUCUGACCGAGUAUCAGGUUUGAUUAUAAGCUAUAGAACUUUAAAAAGCCUUUAGACAUUUUCUCACCGCAAAAAGAAAGAAAGUAAACGUUCCAAAGAAUAUUUAAUUAUAAUUCUGGCUAUAAAAGAAAGCUUUGAGCGAUUUUCUUGCCUCGAGUUCAUCUUUGAAAAAGCAAACACCGGGAAGCCGGCUUACAAAAUGAAAAACAUAAACAAGGAUUUUCAGAGGGCUUUAAUACUUGUCUUCGUGAAUGAAAGUUGUUGCCUCUGUAUAUGUUUCACCGAAUUAUUUUCCUUUUAUUGAUUGUUAGUAGUCUCUUUUGCAGUUUUUAUCGCCGUGCCGUUUGUUUUCAGUCGCUCAUGAACAUCGCUUGCAUGCAGGAGUAGUCAAAAUGUCACGCGUAUCAAACGCCUUUGACAAUUACACAUCGUUAUAAAACCAUUAAAUAAAAAAUAAACAUAAUAAGUUCUUUAUUAUGUUGAAGCGUAUAACUCUAUUAAUCAUAAUUUAAACAGUCGACUUUGGCGCUUGUCAAAAGUGAGAACUGACUAGCCGUAUAGGUGAUUUUGGCAAUUUUUUUAACGGUUUCGCUAAAAGCCCACACGUGCUUCGAUCGUCCUGAAUAUUGAGUGAGUGCAAUUUGUAUUGCAAAAUUGUGGAAUACUGCAUUCUGUCCGAGGUCUGUAUGAUAAAAACAGCGCCUCAUGGUACUGUUUCACCUUAGAUGUGAUGUAUAAAAAGUAUAAAAGGUUGGGUUACACGUUCCCAGGCAUGUUGGCAAGAUUUUGUAAGGUAAACUUGUCGAACGCAAAAAAUUCGGCCCGAUUUGUUUUCCAGUAAUUUGUUUUCCAGGCCUAAUCUACUGUGAUCAAGAGCCCGCGCUCUUAAAUGUGAUCGAAGAUGAUUGCUUUUUUUUGGGUGUACAUAUAAGGCUAUCAACUCGAUGUAAGAUUAAGUUCACUCUUAGCUUGUACUGUUUGCAAAUUACUUUUCUCUAAAAUCACUUAACCUUUCCCUCAAAAGUCACAUGAAUAAGCUCUAAAGUUAACUGAAUUGUGGAAAACAAGUUUAUUGUUUGAUUUAACUUAUAAAUUCGAGUUAACAUACAGGAGCUUCGCUUUUAGCCCUGGCUAAAUCUAUAUAUUAAACUGGAGCUCAUGACGGAUGUUGAUAUGUUCCAAUUCAUAGAAAAGGGAUUACGCGGCGGUAUUUCCUAUAUUGCUAAUCGGCAUGGGGAGGCUAAUAAUGAGUAUAUGAGUGGAUAUGACAGCAGUAAACCAACUAAGUAUAUUAUGUAUCUAGACGUGAAUAACCUUUACGGAUGGACGAUGUCUCAAUGUUUACCAACAGGUGGUUUUAGGUGGAUGACUAAAGAACAAAUGCAAAAAGUAAACUUAGCUGCCUGUACAGAAGACAGAAAAAAGGGUAUGAUUUUGGAAGUUGAUUUGGAUUACUCAAAGAAUUACAUGAGCUGCAUAACGAUUAUCCUCUAUCUGCGGAGAAAAUAAAAGUUACCAAAGAAAUGCUCUCUCCUUAUGGCAUAAAUAUUCAGGAACAGUUUGGAAUAAAUAUGGGCCAGGUUGCUAAGCUAAUUCAAAGACUAGCCAGUAAAAAGAAUUAUGCACUACAUUAUAGAAAUUUGCAACUCUAUUUGUCUCUUGGUCUUAAACUGAAGAAAGUACAUAGGGUAUUAGAAUUUGACCAGUCUCCCUGGCUUGCACAGUACAUUAAUUCUAAUACCCAAAAGAGGAGGAAUGCUAAGAAUGCAUUUGAGAACGACUUUUUCAAAUUAUUAAAUAAUUCCGUAUUUGGAAAAACUAUGAAAAACAUAAGAAAGCGUGUUGACGUGAGAUUAGUGACUGAUCAAAAGAAGUUGUCUAAACUUGUAAGCAAACCAACGUUUUGUUUAUAGUAUCUUUAAUGAGGACCUUUUGGCGCUUCAUAAAAUCAAAGAAACACUGACACUCGACCGGCCAGCCUACGUGGGUAUGUGCAUUUUGGAUCUAUCAAAAACUCGCAUGUACGACUUUCACUAUAAUUAUGUCAAAAGCACGUACAAUAAUAAAGCUAAACUAUUGUUUACUGAUACAGACAGUCUUUGUUAUGAGAUUGAAACAAAGGAUAUUUAUAAAGAACUAUGGGAGGAGAAACAAUUAUUUGACAUAGUGAUUACCCAAAGGAUAGUUCAUAUUUUAGUAUGGAGAAUAAGAAAGUAA